AUUAGUCCAUUUUUGUGAAUUUGGCGUGCCAUAAGCAUCGGGUUCGGAGUUCAAGUUCAUUGGAUUGAGAUGGCGCGAGAGUGAGAGAGUUAUUUCAGAAAACCAGACUAGGUCUUGGAAUAGAGAAGAGGAUGGAGUUCCUAAGUAGAUAGUGAAGAAAGAAGACAAAUCCUUUGAAAUCAAUGGCCAUUCUUGUCUCACAUAUUUUCAUCCAUAGUUACUAGUCAAAGAUUUAAUUAAUUGUUUGUCAAAACCAAAACUUAAUAUAAAGUAUCCAUUUAUAAGUACAUGUACUAGCAAUUAGGAUAUUGAUAAGACAUGGCUGAAUCCAAACCAAAACUGCUUCGAUAUUAUAUCAGAGACUCGGUUGUGCCUUUUGAAGAGGAUAUGUAUCAUGAGUUCAAAGGUCACAGGAAUUUAUCUGUGGAAGAGUUACCUCCCUGGACCAAAGAAUCAAGUGAUGGUAGAGAGAGAGCUUCCCGGAGAGCAGUAUCCAGAAGUCUUAAUGGAUUUAUCAACACUGGGAAAGGUGGCACUGUGUACCUGGGCAUUAUAGACUCUGGAGAAGUCCGAGGGCUGACCUUGACCCAAUUCCAGAAGGACCACUUGGUUGCAAGCCUUGAUGACCUGAUGUCUCGCUACACCCCAGCUGUGGCCCCACAUAGGUACAGGGUCAGAUUUGUCCCAGUGGUGCAGAAAGACAGUUCAGAAGAGGAGAGAUAUCUACAGUGUAUGCCUGAUUCAGGGGAGGAAUGUGAAACUGAAGAACGAAAGCGUCCUCAUCAGUUACGCACUCACUUAUACUGCUGGUGUGACAAAGAGUCCCUAUCCCAGUACAGCUGUGGAAUAUUGGCAACAGACUAUGUUAUUGAGAUCACCAUUAAGCCAUGGGACCCGUCUGAUACCAGGAACGCAGAUGUAGCUUGUGGGACACUUGUCAACAUCCACCCAUUUCAUGCUGACGAGGAAGGGACGGUGUACUUCAGAACACAGGCUAGCCUGAGACAGUACAGUAUGAUAGAAGCUGCACAUCUUACUCGACAAGAGACUAAAGAAUUAUGUCAGCAGGAGGUCCAGAGACUUGAAAAUGAAGUACAAUUACUGAAGGAGAAAAUAAAGGCAAAAGAAGAAUGUGGCGUUUGAAUUUUUGAAUUGCCACGGUGGGGAAGAAGACAUCCUUUGUUGUUGUUUCUUUUUGUUUUUAAGGACUUAUAUGUUUACUUUUCUAUUUGAUAAGUUGAAUUUUUCUGUUCAUUUCGAGUUGUUCCAUGUGUUUUGCUUGAGUAUACAUUUAUACGUGAAUAUAGAUUUACCAAGUUAUUUUUGUAAUGCACAAUUUGAUGUACAUUGAUUAUCUUUUUCACUGCCAGAGGCUGGCAACACACAGCAAAAGUACAAUUUUGAUUGUUUUAAAGUUUUUACAAACAGAAGUUUGCUCAGGAAAAACUACUAUUAUUUACCAGCUUGAAGGCAG